CAGAUCGAGAAAGGUUGACACUACCGCAUCGGGGAGGGCUCUGUAUCAUACGAAUGGAGGCGAUCAACGGACAAACGUUUCAUUUCACUCAAUGAAACGCGAUUUCCCACGGACACUUUUCAAAUGUUCCGCACGUCCACGCCACAGAUGGUGAUACGGGACGAACAAAAAAACAAGGGGGUGCACGCCCGUGUGAAUGAAGGGCGAAGGACUACACGAGGGAUCGUCCAACGAGAGUAAAUGAGAAGCAAAGGGAAAGAAGGGCCCGCCGUCGCAGCCGGAGAGCUUCGGGGAAAAGUGGGUAGCGCCGCCUGACGGACCGCCAGACGAACCGGGCAGCCACCGUCAGGAAACCGCGGUGCCGAGGGAAAAAAAAGGUCUGCAAAAUCGGAGGGAGCGCCGCCAACAGCUCUCCAUAUGCUACCACACACUGUAAACAAAAAGGUGUGCUCUUGUCACUGACCUCAGGUGACUGGACACAGCACUGAUGUUUCAGUUCAAACACCAUCCCCUGUCUAAUAGCAUCUUCCACGAUACGCUUCCAGCCCACACAACACACCUCUGAACACACACUUAAACACACAGGGAGUACCAGCAUGGCCGAACAGCAGCAGCAGGAGGAGGUGGAAGGUGCAUAUGUGGAGCACCAGUACAUGUGCAGCGAGUGUCACCAGCUCUUCAACACCCUGGAGGAUGUGCUCAUCCACCAGCAGAUCCACACCGGCCAAGAGGGGGACGGCGAGGUCAUGGCCGUCCAAGGUGUGGCGGAGUGGGGGGAAACGCAGCAGUACCAGUGUCUGGAGUGCGGGGCCCUCCUGGUGAACCCGGAGGAGCUGCUGCAGCACCAGGAGAUGCACAUGAGAGAGGCGGGGAUGGAGGUGGAGCAUCAAGAGCUGUGUGAGGUUUUGGAGACAGAGGACGGGUCGGAGGAUCAAACCUCUGGACCCGUCCAGUACCAGUGCCUUGACUGCCUGGCUCUGUUUGACGCACCUGAGACCUGGCUGGAGCACCGGCGGACCCACAGCAGGAGCAGCACCCACAGUACCGUAGAGACCAUGGAGUACGUGCUACAACCCGAUGGCACCAUCACUCCACUGAACAGUAUGCAGAAUUACGUCCUGAGUGAGCAGCAGGCCGGGGAGAUCUUGGCACAGGUACUCGCUCAGCAACAACAACAACAACGGCAACAAGAGAAGAAACGUCAGUCGAAACCGCCCGCGUCCUCCCAUUCCUCCCAUUCCUCCCUGCUGCCCCCAGUGACGGCCAUCCCUGGCUCUGCCACCAUGCACUUGCAGAUUCUCACAGCUCAAGCUCUGGCAGACAGCUCCACCGGCCCCGGCCAACGCCGCGCCACGCUGCCCCCCCUGCUGCCUGCGGUGGGCCGAGGCUCUGUGGCAAAGCUGGGGGUCCUGGAGAACGGGGACCAGAGGCUGGAGUUCAGGUUGGCCCCCAGUGUCCAGGAUGGCACCCAGCAGCAGCAGCAGCAGCAGCAGCAGCCGACCGAGGUGGUGGUCAUCCACCCGUAUGAGUGCUCAGAAUGCUCCCUUCUCUUCCAGACCCCGGAGGACUUCCUCCAGCACCAGGGAGAGCACUUCCUCGGUCAGGACAAAGAGAGCGGAGAGCCAGGUGUCAUGAGUGGCCUGGAGGAGGCGCGAGGGAGGGAGGAGGCGACAGAGAGAGGGGAGGACGUUAGGGCGAGGGCGGCGGAGAAGAAAGCCACCGUCUGGGCCAAGUCCCAACAGUGUGAGCUCUGCCAGCGCACCUUUACCUCCGCCAACCGGCUGGCCGCUCACAGACGCGUGCACGAGCAGGGCACGCACGAGUGUCUGGAGUGCGGCAAGGUGUUCAAGAAGGCGACGUCACUGCAUACGCACAUGCGCACGCACUCGGGCGUGGCCAGGUACCUGUGCGUGGACUGCGGCAAUGGCUUCACUACGGAGAUGACUCUGAUCAUGCACCGGAAGUCCCACGUUGUGGAGCCCCUCCACAAGUGUCAGUUCUGCAACAAAACCUUCACCAACAUGACCAAGUACCUCUACCACCGCAGGACCCACCUGAACCGUGAUUCGACUGGCACCCCCGCCCCCGUCUUCAUGGCCUCUGCUCCAAUGAGAGCGUCUCUCUCCGCACUCGCCAUCCUGCAGAGAGCGACCCCUAAGAAUUCUCUCGCCAACGAAGCAACGGCCAACCUGCUGGCCCCUCUCUCGGAAGACGAUGACAUUGAGGCGACUGCCCCUCUCGAAGGCCCAACGGGUGAACCCCAGCAGGUGGCAGACGCCCCGGAAUCCGACGCAGCUCCAAACCACGCUGCCCCGGGCGACACCGACGUCCGUCCGUCGCCCGACAAAGGGGCCUUUUCCUGUCGCUCGUGCUCUAAGACCUUUCCCUCCCAGCUGCAGCUCUUUCACCAUCGCCGCAAGUCCCACGCCGCCGAGCGCAGCUUUGUUUGUGGCAUCUGCGGCAAGUCUUUCAAGAAGAAGAUGCACGUGCGCAACCACAUCCGCAUUCACACCGGCGAGCGGCCAUUCCAGUGCACCGACUGCGGCAAAACCUUCUCGUCUCUUGCCAACCUGAUGAGGCACAACCUCAUCCACUCGGGCGUGCGGGCGUUCCGCUGUGAGGUCUGCCACCGCUCCUUCUCCCAGGCCUCCAACCUGCGGCAGCACAGCCUGCUGCACGCCAACGCCGCCUUGCUGUGCUGCCCGGACUGCCCCGCCAGCUUUCGCUGGCCCACCAAGCUGGCGGCCCAUCGCUACACUCAACACCCGGGGGCCCCGGCCCCGUUCCAGUGUGCCCAUUGUGGGGCCGGCUUCCUGACCAGGAGGCAACGGCACAGCCACCUCCUGGAGCAGCACGCCACCGCUCCGGAAAUUCCCGACGAGGCGGGCGAAGGGCCCUCUGCAGAGUCCAGAUCGGGAGACUCGGGCGUCGCGCGCGGGGGUCAGGGUUGUAACCUUUGCGGGAAGAAGCUCAAUUCUCCCGCCAACCUGUGGCUCCACAAACUGAGCCACUUCGCGCGGGGCCGCGGCGCAGCCGGGAAGCGGCCCAAAGCCCACCAGUGUCUCAUCUGCGGCAAACUGUUUGUGUCGUCUUCCGGAGUCGCCCUCCACCAGCGGGUCCACACCGGCGAGCGGCCGUUCCCCUGCCAGGUGUGCGGCAAGCGCUUCCGGCAGAACACGCACCUGCGAGAGCACCUGCGCACGCACUCGGGCGAGCGGCCGUUCAGCUGCGAGGUGUGCGGAAAGGGUUUCAUCCAGAGCAUGCACCUGGCGGAGCACCGGCGGACGCACACGGGCGAGCGGCCGCACAUGUGCCCGCACUGCGGCAAGGCCUUCAAGACUUUCUCCAACCUGAGGAACCACAAGAAGACCCACGUCAGGCGGCAGAGGCUGGACGAGGAGGCAGCCGCCCAGGUCGCCAUGGAGACCAGCGCCGCGGCCGCGGUGGACGCCUCGGCGGUGGAGCUGGCCAACGGGCAACAUCAGCUCAUCCAGAUCCAAGCCGCGGGGCUUCAGCAGACACGCGGCACUCCCACCAUCAUGUGUAAUGAGUUCGGGGAGACCAUCGCCAUUAUUGAGACGAGCGGGGGGGAAGUGCUGCCCCUGGAGCAGGCUUUGGAGAUCUACCACACGGCUCUGGAGAACGGCCUCGCCAUGGAAACGGGCGCCAUGGAUGGACUACAGCUCCUCUGAGCUGACGAGAGAAACUGCAACUUCUUUCUAAAGGGUCGAGUUCUUCAGUUUUAGCCUUAAAACUGACUCUUAACGAAGACUUCUUGACUGAGAGGUGGAGUAUGCAGACAAAAUUGAUAUAAAGUUCAGCAAUCAGACCAAAGUAAUUCAUCCAUCAUCUUUUCCGAAUCUAUGAGAGGGGUCAGUAUUAGUUUAUUUAAGUAAUAUACUAAAAUAAAGGACAUGAUACUCAUGAUGAAUAGUGGUUGUGCCUCAGAUGAUAUUUGUAUGAUUCAUUUUUAUCAUUUAUGAAAUUUCUAUGACUUUUCUUCUGUUUAAUGAUUGGUCGUGCUGUUGUAAAUAGUUCAAAUCAAUAAAUGUUUUUUCAAGGUGACAAA